AUGUUGGAAUUAAAAAAGGUGGCACUCCUGCUGUCUUUCCUGGCUUCAGUGGCUCUGGGCCAAGGAUUUGCGAGAACCAGGAGUCAGUCAGACAGAAACAGAAGAGCAGCCAUCAACGCCUUCACCGACACGCAGUCAACAGGCGUGACAGAGUGGACGUCUUGGUUCAACAUCGACCAUCCAGGAGGGAAUGGAGAUUAUGAGCGCUUGGAGGCCAUUCGUUUCUACUACAGGGAAAGGGUCUGUUCCCGGCCCAUAGCCAUGGAGGCUCGGACCACAGACUGGGUGGCAGCUGCAGACACGGGAGAAGUGGUCCACUCUAGUCUGGAGAAGGGCUUCUGGUGCAUCAACAAAGAACAGCCUCAGGGCCGCAUCUGCUCCAACUAUCAUGUCCGCUUUCAGUGUCCCCCAGUGCAGAGUUACUGGACCGACUGGAGCGAGUGGGGUCCCUGUUCAACAUCCGUCUGUGAGGAUGUAGGCAUCCAGGUCCGCCAGAGGAAAUGUGUCAACACCCAGCCAAUGCCUCUCCUGCUGGUGCCAGCAUGUCAGGGGCAUCAUUCAGAAAGGAGGGAGUGCUCAAACCCUCCCUGUACAGCCAAGUGGAGUCCGUGGGGUAGGUGGGGAACGUGUUCAGUGACCUGCGGAGGAGGUCGCAGGAUACGGAGGAGGACCUGUGUGAGAGACUCGGCGCCAGUUCAUUGUGCUGGACGGCCUGUUGAAAUACAGAAAUGUGGGAAGGGUCAAUGCCCAGCCAAAUGUCAGAUUGUAUGCACCGAGGGCCGGCCCAGUGAGGACUGCAGCAGGUGUGUGUGUGAAGGCCAUGUGCUGCAUGGAGAGGUCCACACUGUGACUAAUGUCCCUGUGGUAGGAGCAUGGGUGGCUCUGGCCAACCAGCCUAAGGUGAUCCGAGCGCGAACAGAUGCCAAAGGUCGGUUCAGGCUUCCAGGAGUCUGCUCCUCCAGCUCUACCUUGAUCUCCAUCCGGAAAGAGAAGUUCGCCCCAAUCACUGUGUCCACCUCCAGUAACACCACAGGGUUGUCUUGGGUACAUGCUGUCCUCAAGUCUGCUGAGAAGCCGUACAUUGUGAAGCACCCUGAGGACAAAGUACGUUAUGAAGGAGCGCGGGUGCUGUUUUGCUGCAAGGCAACUGGAUCACCAAUACCUGACAAAUACUACUGGUUCCACAAUGGGACUUUGCUGGACAGGAAGGUGUACAAGUAUGAAGAGGACCUUGUACUGCGUGACCUGAAGCUGGAGCAAUCGGGACAGUACUACUGCAAAACCAGCAGCCCUGCAGGCAGCAUCAAGUCCUCUCCAGCCCUCCUUACUGUGAUUGCUAAAGGAACACCAGCAUGUAAUUCAACCCCUGAGACGCACUUUGUCAGACUGCCGCCAGACUGUGUUCAACCUGGGAUUGACUCCAUGUUCUACAACGCUGGCCGCUGCCCUCACAACAAAUGUGCUGGCUCCCUAGACUUUGAUAUGCGCUGCAGAGAUGGAGAUGGGUUCUGCUGUGGGGUCCAAAGUAUGGAAAGUCGUACAAUUGACUGUGGGAGCUACAGCCUCCCUAUCCGGGCUGUGACCCAAUGCACCUGUCAGAAGUGUUUGCAGCCAACUGUUCUGGUUCGUGGCAGAGUGGUCACAGCUGACAAUAAUGAACCUCUGCGUUUUGGCCAUAUCUACAUUGGUAAAGACAGGGUUGGCACUACUGGAUACCAAGGAAGUUUCACCUUAAAAAUUACUCCUGACACACAGCGAUUAGUGGUGAACUUUGUUGACCCCACUGAAAAGUUUCUUGACACCCCUAAGGUGUUCAUCUUUGAUAGGAAAGGUGGUUCCAUCUACCAUGAUGUAAAGGUAAUGAGAAAGCAGACACCAAUUGAUAUUAAUGCAGGUGAGACCAACUCUAUUUCCCUUGGUGAAAUGAUAGGGGAAGAUCCCAUUGGUCAAUUGGUAAUUCCUCCAAACUCUUUCCACAAGGACAAUGGGGAAAUAUAUGAGGGAACUGUGAAAGCCAGCGUCACAUUCAUUGACCCAAGAAAUAUCACUACUGCCGCUGCAGCCCCUGGUGAUCUUAACUUUGUGGAUAACGAGGGUGACAUGCUUCCUUUGAGGACCUAUGGCAUGUUUUCUGUGGAUUUCAGAGACGAGACCAACAAAGACGUUCUUGGAGCCGGAGCUGUUCAAGUCCUUCUUGACACACAGCAUGUCAAAAUGCAAGAGCACAUUCCCAAAAUGAAGCUGUGGUCUCUAAACCCAGACACAGGAGUCUGGGAAGAGGAGAGCGACUUCUCCUACACCACAACUACUGGUGGCCACGGACGGAGCAAACGAGAGGAGCGCACAUUUCUUAUAGGCAACAUGGAGAUCAGAGAACGUCGGCUUUUUAAUUUAGAUGUGCCUGAAAACAGACGUUGUUAUGUUAAAGUCCGUGCCUACAUGAGUGACAAGUUCCUAUCUAGUGAACAGCUAGAGGGUGUUGUGAUAAGUUUAAUAAACUUGGAACCAAAACCAGGUUAUUCCUCCAAUCCUAGGGCAUGGGGACGCUUUGACAGUGUCAUAACUGGACCCAACGGAGCCUGUUUACCAGCUUUUUGUGAUGCCCAAAGGCCUGAUGCUUACACAGCUUAUGUUACAGCAAUGAUGGGUGGAGAAGAACUGGAGGCAGCUCCUUCCUCCCCCAAGAUGAAUCCAAAUAUCAUUGGAGUUUCUCAGCCAUAUCUCGAUAAAAUAGACUACCAGCGCUCCGACCAUGAUGAUCCAGCUCUGAAGAAAACGGCCUUCAGAAUCAACUUGGCAAAGCCUAAUCAAAAUAAUCUAGAUGAAACCAAUGGGCCAAUAUAUCCUUAUCAGAGCUCAAUAGCUUGUGAGAAUGCUCCUGUUGAUGCAAAUCACUUCAGAUUCUUCAGAGUUGAAAAGGACAAGUAUGAAUACAAUGUUGUUCCUUUUGAGGAGAAUGAUUUAACAACCUGGACAGGGGACUACCUCUCCUGGUGGCCUAAUCCCCAGGAGUUUAGAGCUUGCUUCAUUAAGGUCAGGAUUCAAGGACAGAAGGAAGUGAUGGUCAGGUCAAAGAAUCUUGGAGGAACACACAAGGAAACAACAGGCAAACUUUAUGGCAUAAGAGACAUUCGCAGUACCAGGGACAUGCGAGAAGCCAACACCUCAGCAGCCUGUGUGGAGUUCAAAUGCAGCGGCAUGUUGUUUGAUCAAGCUGAGGUUGACAGAUCCCUAAUAUCAGUCCUUCCACAGGGGAACUGUCGCAAGAUAGGCACCAACAACCUCCUACAAGAGUAUCUCAUCAAACAUCCACCAGUAGCUCAAAACAAUGAAUCCAAUGCAUUCACGAUGCUAGCCCCUGUUGAUCCUUUAGGACACAACUAUGGCAUCUACACAGUCACAGACCAGAAUCCUAGGUUGGCCAAGGAAAUUGCUAUAGGCCGUUGCUUUGAUGGAACAUCAGAUGGUUUCUCCAGAGAGAUGAAGUCAGAUUCUGGAGUGGCAUUGACGUUCAGCUGCCCAGAGAGGAAAAUUAACAGAGAAAGCCUUUUCCAACGUCUGCAAACCAACCCAGGUCAGACACUAUCUCAGAUGGCAAGGGACAUGCGAGAAUCUGAGGGUCUGCAGGUGCAGAGAUCAUCCACCCGGGUGGUGGCCUAUCCUUCAGAGCAGCGGACCGGGAGUCGCAGAGUUAGCUCUACAACAAGGAGAAGAGUGUCUAUGCGCACACAACAACGCCAAUAG